AUGGUUCCCCUCUCCGGAUACGAAGCUCGCAUUCUAAUGGACGGGAAGGCGCUCCCCGAAUAUCACAUUAACACCAUGAAGAGGAAGAACACCUUGGCCGUGACAUGCUGGAUCCCAUCCAAAGCUGGAAAGACCUUUGCUGUCAGAUGGACUGAUCAUCUGGGGUUACGCUCAGGCCGUGGCAAGGUCUAUGUAGACGGAGAGCAUGCAGACUCGCGACUAUUCGAUCCAGAAGCCAACACUGUUGCAUCGAUGGGAUUUGACAACAACGAGGGCGGAUAUGCGGAGUAUCGUUUUGGGAAAAUAGAGUUUACAGGUACUAGGGCGGGCCAUAUGGUCCUUGAUGAUGAACAUGACUACCUCCUGUUCGAUGAGGCCGCCAGAGUUCCACCCGUCUAUUUCAUAUUUUUCUAUCGUACUAAAACACAGUUGAUCUCUCGGGGCUAUAUACAUACUGAGAAAUCCGUUUCCUCGAAUAGAAGUAUGAAGGGCUUACUGGCAGUCGGGAGCCUCAGUUUGAGACAUGUUAUAUCCGUGAAGGGGAAGGCGCGACAAUAUGAGGAUGGCGAUGAUGAGAAAGACGAAGAUAGAAAGGCAACCGAUCGGAUCAUAAGCGCGCUGAAUCCGCAGAUCGAAACGUUCAGCCUUUGA